AUGACCAUCACCAAGAUCCACGCUCGCUCCGUCUACGACUCUCGUGGUAACCCCACUGUCGAGGUUGACAUUGUUACCGAGACCGGCCUCCACCGCGCCAUCGUCCCAUCCGGUGCAUCGACCGGUUCCCACGAGGCAUGCGAGCUCCGUGACGGUGACAAGAGCAAGUGGGGCGGAAAGGGUAUACCACAUCUCAUACGACCGAUUGGAAAGAGCAGCGAACUAAUAGCGCGCAGGCGUAACCAAGGCAGUUGCCAACGUGAACGAGACCAUUGCCCCUGCGCUCAUCAAGGAGAACUUGGACGUCAAGGACCAGUCUGCUGUGGAUGCUUUCCUCAACAAGCUCGACGGUACCCCGAACAAGACGACUCUCGGUGCCAAUGCCAUUCUCGGCGUCUCCAUGGCUGUGUCCAAGGCCGCCGCCGCCGAGAAGCGUGUUCCGCUCUACUCCCACAUCAGCGAUCUUGCAGGCACAAAGAAGCCAUACGUCCUUCCGGUUCCCUUCAUGAACGUCCUCAACGGCGGAUCGCACGCAGGUGGUCGUCUCGCCUUCCAGGAGUUCAUGAUCGUCCCCGAGUGAGUAUCACCGACCAUGCUGGCAAGGUCAUGGUCAUAGCGAACCUCAGCGGAACAAGCCGGACGUCAUGUUCCAAGAAACCAUGCUGACUUUGAACAGUGAGGCACCAACCUUCAGUGAGGCCAUGCGCCAGGGAUCUGAGGUCUACCAGAAGCUCAAGGCGCUCGCCAAGAAGAAGUAUGGCCAGUCUGCUGGCAACGUCGGUGACGAGGGUGGUGUGGCUCCAGAUAUCGAGACCGCUGACGAGGCUCUCACCCUCAUUACCGAUGCCAUUGAGCAGGCCGGAUACACCGGCAAGGUCAAGAUCGCCAUGGACGUGGCCUCCUCCGAAUUCUACAAGUCCGAGGAGAAGAAGUACGACCUCGACUUCAAGAACCCCGACAGCGACAAGAGCAAGUGGGUGACAUACGAGCAGCUCGCUGAGCAGUACCGCGAGUUGUCGAGCAAGUACCCCAUCGUCUCCAUCGAGGACCCAUUCGCCGAGGAUGACUGGGAGGCCUGGAGCUACUUCUACAAGAACUCCAACUUCCAGCUUGUUGGCGACGACUUGACUGUCACCAACCCGACCUUCAUCAAGAAGGCCAUCGAGACCAAGGCCUGCAACGCCCUCCUCUUGAAGGUCAACCAGAUCGGCACCAUCACUGAAGCCAUCCAGGCCGCCAAGGAUGCUUACGGAGCCAGCUGGGGAGUCAUGGUCUCCCACCGCUCGGGCGAGACUGAGGACGUCACCAUCGCUGACAUCGCUGUCGGUCUCCGUUCAGGCCAGAUCAAGACCGGGGCUCCAGCGCGGUCAGAGCGUCUUGCCAAGCUCAACCAGAUCCUGCGCAUCGAGGAGGAACUGGGUAGCAACGCCGUCUACGCCGGCAAGCACUUCCGUACUGCCGUCAACCUCUAG